AUGCAACUCCUCACCAUUAUUCUCGGUCUUACAGCAUCGGUUUCAGCAAUUGAUGUCGGUCUCAGAAUCAGAAACGGCUGUGAUUCCCGCAGUGGAGGCUGGGUUUGCACAAAUUUAAACCCCAAUGUAAACAUUCUCUCCUUCCAUAAACUCGGCACCCCCUUAAACCACACAAUUUCUAACGUACUUCCACAGCUAUGUUGCGGUAUCCCCUCCGGAACAUUCGGUAGUAUCAUAUUCUACGCUGUCCCGACCAACUGGUUCCUCGAGCUGAGAGGACACGAGGGUGGUAACUGUGCCAGAGUGAAGACCAUCGACACUUUAUUUGGCGGCACCGAAAAGUGUCUUAAUUCAGGACCUUACACCGGUGCAGGCUACGGCUUCCGCUCGAACAAGAGGGGGGCUCAAGAAGGUGCUUGUUCAUCGGCACCGGGGACUUGCACUUCAACGAUGCCGGAUGUGUUGUUCCUUGGUGAUGGACAGAAGUACAACAUUGUCGACAUGGACCAUGGUCUGGUUGAAGAAUUGGCUGGGUUUGCACAGAACGGAUCUGUUGUAGCGGAUAUUCCAGAAGUCUUCAAAGCGUUUGAGAUUGCUGCUUAG